GGGGUGGAAUCUGAAAUGACAGGUUGGGUUUAAGUAUCACUACCAACCUGGUGGCAACAGAGACGCAGAGAAGACUCGGCAUCAUCGGGGUGGACGACCCAGCAGACUGAAAUAGGUUCAAGAUCAUAGAGACACCAUGUCAGCAGACUUUGGCAAAAAGAAGGUAUUUCAACAAAUCAAGGUCACUCAUGAGUUCAAGGAGGAUAACUGUUGGAUCAAGAGGCCUGAGGAGGACAGUGUGACUUCUGAAAAGAAACAGAAACCGGCUCCGCCCAAAAAGAGUUCAUACAUCCAGUCGAUCCUCAGAAGAUUUGAGGGUUCACCUAUUGAGACUAACAAUGAAAUCAAUCCUGGUAAAUAUGAUGCACCGCUCGAGGAAAGAAGAGGAAAUACUGCAAGAGAUACAACAACCACAUCACCAGCAGAAAAACUGGUUAAUAAGCCAGAGCCACAAAAGCAAAUGCCAGUUAUAAACACAAAUGGACAAAAAAAGGAGGUGGGAGUAGAAGCACCAGCUGACAAGUCCAAUAUGGAAGACAACAUGGUGCCUGUUAAGGUCCCAGCAGAUGUCGAUAAGGAACAAGAAAUCCAACCAGCUCCUUCAGCAACCGAAAAUGUUGAUGCAGCAGAUAAACCUGCAGAAGUCGAAGGAAAAACCGCUGAUACUGAGCCUAAAAAAGUAGCAGAGCAGCUUUUCAGUGAUCUUCAGGAGCCAGCUAGUGUCACAGACACUGAAGAGGUUCCUGCUACACCCCUGUUCAUACCGAAACCUCAGGAGGAAGCUUUAAUCAGAGCAGAGCCAGCAAAUACACGUAGUUUGGGGGAUGCAGGGGAGGAAGAAUCGGUGCUAACUAAAGACGGUAGUGCAGAGAAAUCCCUGCAACAGGAGAGAAAUGGAGAAAUCCUCCCUGCUGUCUCUCAGUUUACAGUGCAGGAGAUGGCUGAGAACUCUGCAGCACCUGAUGAAGACAUUUCUCCUCAAGCCACCAAGGAAUCCGACAUACAGUUUGAAACUGCCAGCAAGUCCCUAAGUCAGUUUGACAAUGAAACACCUGCAGAGGGCAGUUGUGAAAAACAACCCCAAGAACAAGAUAAUAAAGAAGCUGAGGUUGAGAAUGUGAUGGCAACCCCCAAAGUUGAUAAUGCAACACCCAGUGAGGAGGCACCUCCACAUAACAGCAUGCAACCAGGCACCAAUACUCCGUCCGAGUCACAUGCUGAUGCUGAGGAUGUUGUUGUAGCUGUGAAGUGUGAAGUUGAUCAGGAAGCCAUAGAGGAGCCAGUCUUAAAAAGCAGAACGGAGGAGGCUGUUGAGGCCGAAAUCCAACCGGUUAACAGCACUGCUGUUGAACGACAUGAUGAGCCCUCACUGGAAAAUGAACAGGUGGACCUUAACAUUGAAGAUGUUCAUAAAGCAAUACCCCCUGGAGAUGAUGGAGCUGUUCUGGAUGCUUCUGAUUUUAAAGCCAUUGAUCUGACAGAUGCACUGGAUGUGAAAGUACCUCAGAAUGCAUCUGUUCCUGAACCUGAAGAGUCAAAAGGACUUAAUCAGGAGGAGCUGUAUGAGCAGCGUGAUGAUACCAAAGAUUCCAAUGGGAUUCAAAAACCCGAAGAAGAGCCAAAUUCAACCAAAGCCCCUAAAACACCCAGGGAUGAAAAAUCCAUCUGCUCCUACUGCCUCAACGUCAUCGAUGGGUGUAUCAAGCUUUAUUUUAAUUAUCCGCCUAUGGCAUGCCAUCCAGAAUGCCUCAAGAGCACCCCCUGGGCGUUGGAUAGUGGGAGAGCGAAUCGAGUGCUUGUAAUGUCAGUUGUGGGUUAUACACAUUAUUCUAGACACAUCCCAUGGGUUUCUUGUACCUGUGCUUCUGCUCUUUUUAAUUAGUCGCCUUCCUUCAGUUGCCCUCCCACAGCUGCUCCCACUUCCAUCUGAUUAGCUUGUCUCUUUAUUGUUUCUUUUUGCAAUUUCUCCUGACCCAGUAUAUAAACCCCUGUCAUCUCAUUGCUCUCUAAUUGAUCCCUCGUUUACUUUGUCAAUUUCAAUCCUUGUUUGUGCUGCCUGUGACUUUGCUUAUGUUCCCCACUCUGACCUCCCUGUGGCAGUCUGCAGAUUUGUUUUUUUUAUUUUUUUAUUGUAGUUAGUCUUUUGAUUUACUUUUUAUGUUAGUUCACUCAAAAUUUUACUUUAAGAAUUUGACAUUGUAUUUUUGCAUUAAACCUGUAAUAAGGUUCGGUUUCAGACCAGCGGACAGCCUCAGCUGGGCCCGGGACAAGAUCUAUCGAUCAAUCAAUCAAUCAACCAGUCGACCGACAGCCGGGUCGAUCGAUCUAUCAAUAGAUCGAUAGAGUAAUCGAUCAACAUUACAAAUCCAAAUUGUCAUGACUGACUUUCCUGUUUGAUUUUAACAUUUACAACUAGAAAUAUUUCCACUUAUUACUAAAGGAUUAUUGAAAAUGUGGCACUUUUGGCUUUCCAUAACCCCUCUAGUAGCAAUUUAUUCUAAAUGAAGACUGUUGGGUUACUGUGUUUGUGUAAAUCAUCAAUUAUUUUUUUGCUAUUAGGAGUCUAUUUCUCUUGCUUCUUCUUUUUGUUUUUAGUUGUUUUUUAUUUUUUCUAGUCAUUAUUCCUGGAUUUCUGGAUUCAUUCUUAGUUUAUUUCUCCUAGUAUUUAUCCCUGUUGGACCAUUUCUCCUUCUGCCUUCUGUUAAUCAGUCAAUUCUCUGCACCUGUGUUUCCUCAUUUGUUCUGUCGUUUGCGCCUGUUUUCACCUCUACUUAAGGUCUCAGUCAUCUGCCAGGAUUCAUUGGGCCCUCAGUUCAUCUUCAUGUCUCGGUGCCUGUUUGUUGUUCCUCUGCCUCUAUAUCUCAUUAAAUCCUGCAAAGACUUACCUUGCUGCUUCUGAGUGUCCGUCUGUGUUCUGGUCCAGAACAGAAGCUUAUAACAGUAGAGAUUUUUUCGUUAUUAAGAUUAGUUUUUAAUCACCAUGCUGCUUUCAAGUCCUUGUAGGCUCUUUGUUUCAUCUUCAAAUUCACUGAUCAGAGCCCUUAAACUGGUGAUCUUACUAAAGUAUUGUUGGGCCUUAGUGCAGCAUCUGACAUUGUUUUUCACUACAUUUCAUUAGAGCGCCUGGAAAAUUGACUCGGCCUCUCUGGUCCAGCAGUGGACUGGUUUAAAUCUUACCUGUUCAUCUUUAGUAGAAUUGAUCCCUGCAGCGGUGUUCUCACAGGUCUGCCUAAAAAGUGGAUAAGACAGCUGCAGCAGAUCCAGAACGCUGCUGCCUGCAUCCUAACCU